CCCUAUUAUGUCCAUGCGCAGCGUUCUGGCGGAGUUCCGAUCCCUUUCGCACAGGAUCUUCCCGAGGUGCACACAAGACAGACAGACGCACACGCACACAGUCAGAUCUACGAAUGUGUGUUGCGGUGCCGAUGAUUGUCUUUGUCUGGAUGUCCCUCUUUGCCUGUCUUUGUGUGCACUGCCAGGUGGCGCGAGCACAUGGUAUCGCGUGCAGAUCUCGCACACAUGAAAAUGGACGCACUGAGGUGGGGAUUCGUGGAGCAGGACCGAGUGCGGCAGCUGCUGUCGCAGCUCAACUCGAAGCUGCUGGAGCGGCAGAAGGCGCAGCGGGCCGAGGGGCGGGAGGUGAGCGACGACGAGCUCACGGACGAGCAGAACCAGGCACUCACAGACAUGGGUAUCACUGCAGAGGAACUGAAAGGUGGGUGGGAAGUGGACAGACGUGUGUGUGUCUGCGUGUUUGUGUUUUCUGCUGUCCAUCCACCUGUCGUGUCGUUCAUUGACUGCUUGGUGCAGAGGGCAUGAAGACAGCGUACGAGUGUGUAGCACAGCUGUACGUUGACGCCACCUCCCCGGACCCCGCUGUCCGCGCAGCGGCCCGUCAGCGGUUCGGCGAGAUCCUCACACCAUCCCUCAAACACUUCCUGAUGGAGGUCCUGGACACCUACGCCAAACACCAGCUGAAACCGUACCUAGUCGUCGAGGUGAACUGCUGAGAGGGAGGGAGGGAGGGAGGGAGGGAGGUUGGGUUGACUGGCACGGCUCGCCGGCUGGGUGUUCAUGUGUGUGGAUGGAUGAUCCAGGAGGUUCAUCCGAGGGUGUUGGAUGUGCGCGUCGAGAAGGGCUCGGGCGAGAGCGAGCUGGGCAUCCUCGGUCGAAUGGACCAGAGAGAAGCCCUCUACCACUUCUUCUCUGGUCGGCGGCAGGCAAACACAUACCCAUACACACAUCAUGAUGCAAGUUUUGCCUUCCUUCUGGCCGUCUGCAUGGCAUGCAGGUGUGCUCGGCCCCGAGGGCGCCCUAUCUCGCGACAUCCAGCACCCAUCAGGUGUCCCGAGGCGGAUCGUCGUUGACGUGGAGCUGGCAGCGAGGGAGAAGUUCAGACUGCUGCCAGAGCAGCCGCCGACCCCCAAGGACGAUGACAUGCCCCCCUUGGCAUACGUCGGACCAGCGCCUCGACAUUCCAAGGUGCCCUGGCAUGUAAGCACGGCACGCACCAAGCACGCCACUCAUACCAGGGGACAGACACAUGUAUGUAUGACAGACACAUGUAUGUAUGUAUGUAUCCUUGUCCAGCCGGCUGACAUGCAGGGCGUGUCUGAGCCGCCCUCCCCGGAGACCCCGCGAGAAGAGCAGCGUGAGCCCGAGGGCCCCCCGCCGUGGUCGUCUGCGGGCCUCGAGAGCACCCCCUCACAGACGGUCCUGUGGCUGUGGACGUUUGAGCGAAGCCUUCUCAGGAACGAUGAUGAACGAGGCGGUGGCGGUGCGUCAUCGGCGUCGUGGAAAGUGAGAAACAUCAAUGAAGGUAGGUGGGGCGGACGGGCGGGAUGGUUCGGCAGUGGGCCAGUGAGGGCUGAUUGAUGUGUUUGUGUGUGUAUUUUGUUGUUUGUUGUGUUUUUUGUCAGCUAUCCGUCCAUACUGACGACUGACUGACUGACUGCCGGGGUCGGUCGAGCCAUUCAUUCAUCGAUCGACUGUGUCGGUCUGUGCAAAGUGAAUGAGACUUGAGUGAUGCUUCUCUGUUAUUGAGUUUUUGGUUGUGUCUGGGGGUGGGGGGGUGGUCACCACAUCCGGGAUUUGCGCGAGUGUGAAGACGUGUCAAUGGACAGACCUUUCGGGCCGUUAGAGGCAGAUGACGUACGGGGAGGUCAGCAGGCCCUGGGCUCGGGGCAGACACGCCCAGAGGCCCUCGCAGCUGUGCCUUUCCUGCCCAACGGCCGAGUCAACGGCGG